AUGAGGCCCGUCCUGAACCUUGUCCAAACUCUGCAGGCUGCUGUGUUGCUGUUGCUGCUGCACUACUUGGCCUCCACUCUGGGCCAGUACGAACUGUGCAAGUCCCUGGUGAGCACGGAUGAAGGCUCGGUGUGGGAGCAUUACGCAUGCCAGCCGAAACCCUCAUCCAUGAAAGACCACAUGCGGAUCAAAGUGGAUCCGCCCGGAAUCACGUGUGGAAACCCGCCGGAGAGGUUCUGCACCCUGGAGAACCCAUACCUGUGCAGUGAUGAAUGUGAUGCCUCUAAUCCAGACCUGGCUCACUCUCCUCAGCUGAUGCAGGACCGUGAGCGCAACGGCCUAAUCACCUACUGGCAGACAGUCACAUGGAGCCGCCACCCAGAGCCCCUGUUGGCCAAUAUCACAAUGUCCUGGAACAAGAGUCUGGAGCUUACAGACGAUAUCCAGAUCACCUUUGAGUAUGGCCGCCCUACUAUCAUGGUACUGGAUAAGUCCAUGGACCAUGGGCGCUCCUGGCAGCCGUACCAGUUCUAUGCUGACGACUGCCUGGAUGCCUUCAACAUGCCACCUAAACGUGUGAGUGACCUCUCACCAGCCAACAUCACUCGGGUCAUCUGCUCCGAGCAGUACUCUCGCUGGGUUGGCUCCAAGAACGACAAGAAUGUGAAGUUCGAGGUGCGGGCGCGCUUUGCUGUGUUCGCUGGCCCUGGGCUACAGAACAUGGAAAACCUGUAUACUCGCAUGGAAAGUAUGAAGGGACUGAGGGACUUCUUCACCUUCACCAACCUUAGAAUGAGGCUUCUCAGGCCCGCCCUCGGAGGCACCUAUGUCCAGAGAGACAACCUGCUCAAGUACUUCUACGCCAUCUCCAACAUCGAGGUACCUGCCAGGUGCAAGUGUAACCUCCACGCCUCCCAGUGCCUGCUGCAGGAUGGGAACCUCCAAUGCCAGUGUGAACACAACACCACAGGCCAGGACUGCCAGCGCUGCAGGAAGGGCUUCAAAGCCAAGUCCUGGAAGGCUGGUUCCUACAUGCCAACACCCAAUGGCACCCCUAACACCUGUACGCCAAGUAAUGUUGGUCCUCAGGACUGUGAGUGCUACGGCCACUCCAACCGCUGCAGCUACAUCGACUACCUGAACAUCGUCACGUGCGUCAGCUGCAAGCACAACACCAGGGGCCAGAACUGCCAACACUGCAGACUGGGAUACUUCCGCAACGCCUCUGCCGAACUGGAUGAUGAGAGCGUCUGCAUCGAGUGCAACUGCAACCAGAUGGGUUCAGUUCAUGACCGGUGUAACGGCACGGGCUUCUGUCAGUGUAAAGAUGGUGCCACGGGGAACAAGUGUGACGACUGUGUGCCGGGAUACUACUGGAAACAAGGCUGCUACCCUAACGUUUGCGAUGAGGAGAUGCUCCUGUGCCAGAACGGAGGAACGUGCUACCAGAACCAGAAGUGCAUCUGUCCUCCAGAGUUUAAGGGGGUACUGUGCCAACAAUCCCGCUGUGAGGCGGGCAAGGAAUGCAACGCCGCCUCUUCGCCGCACCUCUCCACGGCCACCCUGCUGCUCUGCACUCUGCUAGCCCACCUGUUGGCCAUGUUAACUCCCCACUGAGCCACAAAAAUACAAAAAAAAAUACAAAAAAAACCCUCAGACCAAGGAGUGUGUGUUUAUGUGUGUGUACAUGAGGCGAGGGGUGACCAAGAGUGGGUAUGGACAUCCCAAUCAUGGACUUGACGAACACACACUCGCAUAGGAGCGCACACUCACACCACACUAACUAACCCCAGUACCCUUUCAAACACACAUAUACACACAAACACACACACACACACACACACACAAACACACACACACACACACACACACACACACACACACACACACACACACACACACCUCACAGGACUGUUAUGUUACUGAGUGUGUGCUCAGGUGUGAGAAGGACAAAUAAAGAAA